UUGAGAAGGAUAGGGCUUGUGCUGCCUGUGGCAAGGGUUUCUGCUCUCCCAUCACUUCCAGUAACACACCACACUUGUGAAUAAUUCACUUGAACCGAAUGGGCCAUGAAGCUGAACACAUUUCCAGAGACUGACCUCUCUCUUCCUCUCCACCUCCCUGUCUCCAUCCUCCUCCAUCUAUCCUCACCCUCACCAUAAACCAUCUCCACCCAGCCAUUUCAACCCACCUCACUCACCUCAUCCAGAAACCAACCAACCGUCAACAUCACCCCAAACAUCACCCCCAGAAGCAAACAACACAAUCACCAGAGAGAAAUGUCCUACCUCUCCACCCGCACGCUGAACCCACCGCCCGGCUGCAUAAACUGGGACCACCGGGCCCUGCAGCCCCCGCCCUGGGUGUUGACCAUCCUGCCGCCGACCACCCGCAAACUCAUCGACCGCUGCUACCUACUCGCCUACAACAGCCUAUGCGUCCAACGCCACGUGGAAACCUGCUUCGCCGCUCGCUACAAAGCCCUGUGCCCUGGUGCCUUUCCCAGCUCCAGCACCGAUCCAUCCAUCAACCCCACAACACCAGCAGCCGAACCAGCCCCAUCACCAGAUACAGCUACAGCAGCAGCAACAGCAACAGCAACAGCACCCCCACCCAAGCCCAACCCCGCCACCCUAAUAACGCACACCCAAUCCAUCGACCGCCUCUUCAACUGGCGCCGCGACUACAUCCCAGGCAGCCCGACGCUGGCGCCGUCGGCCAAGAUCCCGCGGUCCGCGGUGCGGUUCCACGUCGACCGGGCGGCGUUCGCGGCGUACGCGGCGCGGUACACGGCGCAGCUGGACAUGUACCUGACGACGUACUAUCGGCGGUAUCGGGAGGCGGUGGCGGCGGUGGAGCGGUCGAUUGUGCUUCUCAGGAGCGGUGGCGGUACAGGUAGUAAUGAAGCGGGGGAAGCUGGGCAGGGGGAAUGUGGCAGGAACGGGAACAAGGACACUGAGAAGGCGCGCGAGAUGCGGGAGCUCGACUGCCGGCAGCUGGAGUGGUGGUGGGGGACGGUGUUUCUGCGGGAUAUGAUGCGGUGGGAGAGGCGGAUUCCGUUGCUGCGGAUGCCGGCGUUUGAGGUCGUUGUUGGGGAGGUGUAUGAGGCUGUGAGGGGGGCGGUGGAGGAGGGGGAGGAGGAGGUGGUUUGGGAGGAGGGGGGGUUUGGGGGGUACGAUUUGAAUUGUGGGCGUUAA